AUGAUGAACACCGGCCGGUUGACGCUCAUUCUGUCAAUGCUUUCUGGUCUCCUGCAUCGUAUCUCCGAUACGAAAUACGCUGGACUGCCGUCUCUCGCAAGUUACGCUGCCAGCAGUCGACGGGUAUUCGUGGCGGCACGGGAGUCCCGAUUUCGCUGCAUGGGGCGGUUGUCAACGCUUUUCAUCCAGAGUCGGAAGUUGCAAUCAGCGUUUCUCUUGCCAUUGGCAUAUUCCUUGGACACAUCUCCGGUACGCCAUCCGCAGCGUCGGCACUCGGCUGGCGUCAGACGUUCGGUGGAGUCCGCCAGAACGCCCCCUUCGAUGGCCAUCCUGUGGCUCGUCCAUGCUUCCCUCAGCGUCCGGUACGUGCACUGGACGGGUACAGAAGGCUCUGCUCGAUGCCCAGUUCCGUUGACACAACCGGUGCCGUAUCCCCUGAUCACGCGCUCCUUCCACGCGAUCCCGACGGUGAGUACCCUGCCUGCUGCAUGA